AUGUCCACCCCGCACGACCCGGCCAUCAUUGACUCCUCCAUCAUCCUGAUGGAUCUGUCCAGAUCCAGCUCCAGAACACCCAGGACCCAAGAUAAACCCCUGGUGUCCCGAGGAACCAGCUACUCCAAUGGCCUAGAACCCGGCAGUGCCCUUUCAAAACUUCUUGAUAGUGCUAUGGCCAAUGCUGCAAAGGAGCUGACGCCGGAACCAGAAACAGCCAGGUCACCUAGUCUGAUAGCCCUGCCUCGGCGUGAAUCCUUGCUGGACUUCAAGCCCGUGCCUUCGCUGAAGGCCAACGUGUACUCGAUCGAGGAAUUGCUUGUUUUGCGCUCGACGCCUGAGGUGGCGGCCUUCGACACCCUGGUUCUUCCCGACCAGGCCUUCUGGGUGAUUAAGCCCGUCCGCAACCAGAAAACAAGCGAAAAGAGCGGCACGUCUCGUAGGAACAACCGCAGAAACCAGAAUCUGAACGACGGCAAAUGGGAGCGCAAACCCACCGGGUUCGCCAAAAGCUCCGAGCUUGAUAGAAUAAGGGACCCCGAGUGGGAUAACCCAGGCGCCUCCGACUUGCAAAUGGACAUGGGUUCCACAGUUGAGGACUUUGAGCGCUGGAAGCAACGUAUGCAUGAGAAUGACCGUAAACAGUUUGUUGACGAAACACCAACUGAGCCUGAAGCUCCAAAGGGAAACGAGGUCGACAACUUCUUCUCCUUUGUCAACCCCAGGACCGGAAGCUCGGCUCCCGAAACCUCCACGCCAGGCUCAGAUUCCGGUAAGAGUUCACGUUUCUCGUCCUUCUUCGGCGGUCCAGGUCCCCAAGAAUCACCAAAGCGUUCAGGCCCACCUCCCGGUCUUGCAAGAAACCCAGCUGGCAAGCCCGAUCCUUCCGCCGGCCUGAGGUUCUUUGGCUUGGCCCAAGGGUCUCCUGCUCAACAACAUGCUACUCCAAAGCAGGAACCAGUAGCUCACCAGAGCCAAGUUCCACAUGUGCCUUCCCCAAUGGCUGGCCAGGGGAUGCCAAUGGCCGGUCCGCCGGGCCUCACGCCUCCUAAUUUAGGCGGUGAUAGCAAAGCGCAAGAUUCCUUCUUCCUUUCGUUGUUGAACAAGCGAGACCAGGAUAAGGGCUCCGACCAGCAACAAGGCGCUAAACCAGAUGCAAAGCCAGAUGCUAGCCGUCCUCGUCAAGGCCAGCAAGGACCUCCAGGUCCCCAUAAUUUGCCUCAUGGCAUUCCCCUUGGAUGGCUCAAGAGAGGACCACAGCAAAUGUAUCAAUUCCAAGGCCCUCCACCUCCUGGCAUGUUCCCUCCAGGAAUGGGACCCCCACCUCCAGGAUUCCCAAUGCAAGGCAGACCUCCACAGGAUGGACAGCCCAACCAACAGGGCAUGCCACGCGGUCAGAUGCCACCUCCAGGUUUCUACGGCUUUCCCCCGGAAUGGGGCCUGGCGGUCCCGGAAUGCCUCCACAGCAACAACAUCAACAUCAACCUCAAGCACAGCAGCAUCAUCAUCAACAGCAGCAGCAACAGCAGCAACAUCAACAACUACAGCAACCCAAACAGUAGUGGUAUCAGAGCUACAGCUGUAGCAUGCAAGUAUAUAGCAAUUGAGGAUCCACUCAAUACAAAACGUAGAAACCUACACUGA